CACACUACAGUGAAAAGUUGCCGAGUGUUGACAAAAACUGUAAACAGAAGCUUGAAACAGUAAACAUGCAAGCACUCAGUAUAUGUCGUCAAACAUUAAAUGACUCUAUGAGCUUGUUUAAAAAGACGGAACUGCUUUCUCGCAAACUCUCCACAGGAUGGUUAUUAUCCACAACACAAGGAGAGAGAAGUUUAAAAACAAAUUGCCCUAGCAAUUUUCUAUAUAGUUUACAUGGAGGGAAUAAAGUUUUACUGGACAGUAAUGCAUCAGGAAUAUGUUUAAAUAGAAACAAUAUAAGACAUGUGUCUUCUGUCACGCUGACAAGUGAGCGGUACCCAGGCCUGAAGCGAGGACCUUUUUCUGCACUUACUGAUAAAGAUAUUGCCAGUUUUGAGGAGAUGAUUCCAGGUCGUGUGAUUACUGACAGUGAUGAGCUGUUGGGUUACAACACUGAUUGGCUGAAAACUGUUAGAGGUUCAAGCAAGGUUGUAUUGAGACCAAAAACAACGGAAGAAGUGGCAGCCCUUGUGAAGUACUGUCACGAACAUAACCUGGCCAUCAACCCACAGGGGGGCAACACCGGUAUGGUAGGGGGGAGUGUCCCUGUGUUUGAUGAAGUCAUCAUUUCAACACAGUUGAUGAACCAGAUCAUCAGCUUAGACAAAGUUUCUGGAAUCUUGGUUUGCCAGGCUGGAUGUGUCCUUGAAACCCUGGAUCAGUACUUGCAAGAAUACGACUUUACCAUGCCAUUAGAUCUUGGAGCAAAAGGCAGCUGCCAUAUUGGGGGCAAUGUCGCCACCAAUGCUGGGGGAAUCCGUCUGCUAAGAUACGGCUCUCUACAUGGAUCAGUUCUUGGGCUGGAAGUUGUUCUGCCCAAUGGAGAGAUUGUGGACUGCCUGACCACCCUUAGGAAGGACAACACUGGCUAUGACCUCAAACAGCUGUUUAUUGGAUCAGAGGGAACAUUAGGGAUCAUAACUGGAGUCUCAAUUAUCUGCCCUCAAAAACCUAAAGCCAUCACUGUUGCUUUACUGGGCUGUGAAAAGUUUUCAAAUGUUUUGGAGAUCUUUAAAUCUUGUAAACUCCAUUUGGGGGAAAUUCUCUCAGCCUUUGAGUUCAUGGACUCUCAGUCAAUGACCCUUGUGAAAGAAAACCUAAAACUGAGCAGCCCACUAGCAGAUUAUCCUCACUAUGUACUGGUGGAGUGUAGUGGGUCCAAUGGAAAACAUGAUGAGGAGAAGUUGAUGAGUUUGUUGAACUCAGUACUGGAGAAAGGCGAAGCACUCGAUGGAUGUGUGGCUACAGACUUAGGCAAAAUUCGGAAUAUUUGGGGACUUAGAGAAAGAUGCGCUGAAGCUUUAAUGGUGGAUGGCUAUUGCUACAAGUAUGACGUUUCACUUCCACUGCUGCAGUUUUACCAACUGGUUGAAGAUAUGAGGGACAGACUGGGAGAACAUGCCAUACGUGUGGUGGCUUACGGCCAUGUUGGGGAUGGCAAUCUUCACCUCAACAUUACAACAAAAGAGUACAACAAAACAACCAUGAACCUUAUAGAGCCAUUUGUCUAUGACUGGGUAGCAAAGCACCGCGGUAGUGUCAGUGCUGAACAUGGCCUAGGGUUCAAGAAGCGUAACUUUAUCUACCACAGCAAGACCAGGUCAGCCGUGGGGUUAAUGGCCACUAUAAAAAAAGCCAUUGAUCCCAAAGGUAUCAUGAAUCCAUACAAAGUUUUACCUGAAGUUAAAGAAGUGUAAUCCUUUUUUCUUUCUAAAAAUCAAUACAUGAUAGUCAGUAAAAUAAUAGAGAUGAAU